UGACAAAUGCUCGGGGAUCUGAGGCGCAAGUGCACAAACGAGACCAAGAUGUUCCUGUUAAAACAUUUCCGUCCAGACAAGUACGCAGAUUCUGUGCCUAAAAUACUCCUACCCUUCUCUUGUCAUAUGCAGUUUGAAACUCUUGCAGAUAAUAGUGUCCUGGGAAAAUCUUCUUGGAAUUAAUCAUGAGUAGUAGCAGCUGAUAUAUUGUUCUCUUGUCCUCUCUUGAAAGCUGUACCUUGGCUCAGCUCUUCCCUCAAGCUCCACUAGUGCUUCUGGGAAGUGCCAUGUUCCUCACUUAUGGAAAAAGAUACGGUUUAAUAAUUUUUUGCAUUAAUGGUCUAUGAGCUAAGACUCUCUGCAGGGUGUGAAGGUGGUGUUGAGGAAAUGGCAAGCGAGUGAGAUAACAUGAUAUUCUCAUAACACUUUCAUUUGCCUUUAGUUUUAAUUGAAAGCCAUCUCUCUCUUGCCCGUGUUUGUUUUUGUUGAAGCAGUGUCCUCUAGGCCAAGAAGCGACUUCUCCUGCUGAAGAGAGGAACACAGAGCCCUGUUUCUCUCAGCUGGCUGUGCCACAGCACUUUGCUGAACUCCAGGUAGCCCCUCCGCCCCUUCCUGGAGUCUCUGUGGCAGGACCAUGGAAGAAACUGAGGAGGAAAAAAAGGACGAGGCUGAUUAUAAAAGGCUUCACAGUUUUCCUCUGAUUAGGCACUCGGACAUGCCAGAGGAGAUGCGCGUGGAGACCAUGGAGCUGUGUGUCACGGCGUGUGAGAAGCAUGCCACCAACAAUGAGAGUGCUGCCAAGAUGAUCAAAGAGACGAUGGACAAGAAAUUUGGGUCCUCCUGGCAUGUGGUGAUUGGGGAAGGUUUUGGCUUUGAAAUCACUCAUGAGGUGAAGAACCUGCUGUACAUGUUCUUCGGUGGCAGCCUGGCUGUGUGUGUCUGGAAGUGCUCCUGACCACUGGCUGGGUCCCAGACUUGCUUAAUACAAGAGAUUUCUUCCUGCUCUUGACAAGUUUUGUAUGAUCUGGAGGUGGGGCUUUAUUUUUAAUACUUAAAUGUCAAGAUUUCUUUUUUUCAUACUGACGUAGCAGUUGUGUGGAAUAUAUAAAGUUGGUGCAUGUGUGUAUAUAAACUUGCUAAACUGUCCUGCCCUUUCUUGUGGGAUUUCUAAUCCGUCUAUGGCUCUUUCCUUGGUGUUUGAGCUGGAGCAGGAGAGAAGUGAGGAAUAGGUAAUCUCACAACACACUGCACAGCACCACUAGCAGAGGAAAGCAGAAGUAAAAGCAAAAAGGUGCCAUCUAGCCUUAUGGUUUUUUUUAACUCCCAUUUAUUCCACAUAGUUUUCUUUUCUCCUCUGCUACCAUGCAGUAUGGCUCUGACCAGCACCUGUCUUUUCCUCUCUCUGGAUGCUGCUUAUACAUUCUUCCUCCCUUCUGAGAUGUCUGUGCAAACCUGAUAGCACCAAGGGUCUCCCUUCAGGCUGUCUGUGGAGGUGUGAGCCACAGGGAAGCAGUCCCAGAUUGCCCUUCCCUGCUGUUUUGAGAGGGUACAACAGCUGAGCUGCCUAGGUGUAGGAGGUUGCUAUGCAAACUGCCCCCUCCUUUCUCACCCACAGCACAUUGAGACAGCAUGAAAACACAGGCGGCUGACGAUGCCUGGGGAGUGGGUGAGAGCUCUUUUUAAGGCUCAAAUGCCUCCCUGUCAGUUCCUGGGGGUGUUACAUGUGCUGUGUACUUUCAGCAUCUUGUUUGGAGGUUGAGAGAGGAAGGAGGCUCCAUAUGAAAUAUAACUUGGUCAUCAGAAACCUAAUGUCUUUCUGGACUUGCAUUCUUUUAGCCUGUUUGAUUUUUUUUUUUAAGCUGUUGGUGUUGGAGGAUCGAAUGAGCAUAACUAUGUUACGUGUAUGGCUUAUUUAUAAAACCUGGGGAACUGUGUUUUUACAAUAAAAAUUUAGUAAAAUGUC